UACAAACGCUCAGGCAAAAAAGAUAGCAGUCUAGAAAUAGAUAAACAAUUAAGAAUAUAAAUAGCAACACAAAAUAUAGUAAACCAAGCAUUAUAUCUCUAAACUCAUUAAUGAAACAAUAAAACAAAAGCAAAUGAGCAACACACAUUAGAAUGUUUCCAUCAGUCCUCAUCCAAUAAUAAAUUCAAAACAAGUAUUGGUUGUUGCCUACUAUAAAAAAGUAGAUCACACAUAUUGGACGUCGGUCUAUCAAAACAAAAAGGUGGUCUUAGAACUAGAAAAAUAUAAGUAUAACAUCAAAAGCUAAAUCAAAGCCCUAGACACAUGGUAAAUAAAGUCUUCAUAUUCCAUUGAUUUAUUUCACUCGUAUUUCAUUAUAAAACCAAUUUUAUAUAAAACUCAUGCCAGGAAAAAGUAAGACUCCUAUUGUUCAACAAAGCUAGUAGUAUUAGGUGGUGUUCAGUUUCCAAGAUAAAAUAAUACCAAGAUACAAUCUGGGAUUGAGUUCUGAGAUUAUUUUAGUCAUAGGGGGUUAGCUAUGACUAAUUAUCUCAUGAUUAUCUAUCUAAUAUUGAGUUGAGAGUUUGAAUCUCAUGAACCAAACACACUACUAAUUUAAUCACGGAUAUAAUCUUUCAAACCGAACACCCCCUUAGUAUAUCAAAGAAAUUACAAUGGUACAGUAUUAAAUUAUGCAUGGCAACGUAAACAUGUCACCAUCCAAAAUACUAAGAAAGUUGCAUUAAAUUAUUCGUGGGCUGCUGGCAACGUAAACUUAGUAACAUUGGAAAAUAAUAGUACUAAUAAAAAAUCAUCUAACUGAGGAAGCUAAUUAAUGAAGCAAACAUUAGAAACAUAUAUUAAUACCAUUAUUUGCAGCUUGGCAUUCCGAUGUGUUCCCACGCCCUAUGCUUCACUAUAUAUUCACACUCAUUAUUUCAUUGUUUUCAACACAAUACCAAUAAGUAAGCUUCAUACCUACUUUUGUAAUUCGAGAUUGAUAGUUUUCAUAUUGGAAAGAUAAAAUGAGGAGUGAAGGCGGGUUCGAUUUGGUAGCGAUAUCGUUGGUGGUAGCGCUCGGGCUGAGCUUGUACGCAGGGAGGAUGCAGGCGGCUAUCACUCUGACGCCGGGGUCGAAGCUGCUGCAGCGGCAUUUCUACAAAAAGCUCAACACGUGCGCGAACGUGGAGCCGUUCGUGAGGCAUCAAGUUACGUUGUGGUGGAAUCGAGAGAACAACAUCACCGCCAAGCUGCUUAAACUACUCUAUGCCGACUGCAUGGUUAAUGGGUGCGAUGCAUCGAUUCUAUUGGACGGGCCAAAGACGGAGAAAGAAUCUGACAAGAACUCGGGACUGGAUGGGUUCGUGCUGAUCGACAAGAUCAAGAAGGUUCUAGAAAUACGAUGCUUCCAAGCUGUUUCUUGUUCGGACAUCCUCCACCUUGCUGCUCGAGAUGCUGUUUACUUGUCGGGAGGACCUUCGUAUCCGGUGUACUUAGGCAGAAGAGAUGGGAUGGAAUCUAAAGCAUCAUGGGUGGAUCUCCCCUCCCCGGCCAUCUCCAUCGAACAAGGAAUCGCCUACUUCAAAUCGAAGGGGCUAGACGAUAUGGACUACGCUACUCUUCUAGGAGCGCACACCAUGGGAAAGACACACUGUGCUAACCUUAACGAUCGUCUCUACAACUUCGACAAAACGGGAAAACCUGACCCCUCCAUGGCCAAGUCCGAACUGGAGAAGCUGCGAAAGCAAUGCCCCAAAACCCUCAAGAAAGGCCAGAGAGACCCAACCGUGUUCUUGACUGACAGAAACGGAGAGCAGUACAAGUUCAGCAACAACUACUACAGCAACGUGGUGUCGAACAAGGCAGUUUUGAAGGUGGAUCAAGACCUGCUCCGGAGCUACAACACCACACAGCUGGCGCUUGAAUACGCUGGCAUGUUGGGGCACUUCAAGCAGCAGUUUGCGCUGUCAAUCAGCAGGUUGGGAGGCCUUAAUCUGCUCACCGGGAAGCAAGGGGAGAUUCGACUCAACUGCCGUUUCACCAACAAGAACAACCCCUACAUCAAUCAUCACGCCAAAUAA